AUGUUUAAGUUAAUUAGUUUAGCUGCUCUCGUAGCUGUAGCCACUGCCAAACCCAGUGUUUAUGGAGAGGCUGUUGUUCCUUUACCACACACUGAACCACUUCACGUACCAGCCGUGGUUAGUUCUUCAUUCCGUAAAGAUGUCAUCCACAAACCUACUGUGACUUCCUACACUGCCCCAACUAUUGUAGGCCAUGAGGCGGUUGUUGAAAGUGCUCCUUUGCCAAUAAUUGAAAGGAGUUUUGUUCAGCCGGCACCAAUUGUUGAAAGAACAGUUGUACAACCACCACCGAUCGUGGAGAAAACUGUAAUCCAACCAGAAUCCAUUGCUCACACUUACAGAAAGGACUUUAUUGGCAAGCCUGUUGUGUCUAUUCACACUCCAGAAGUCGUAGCACCUGUAGUAGCUCCAGUUGUUGAAAAAACCUUCAUUCAGCCAGCUCCAGUUGUACAUAAAACUUUAGUGCAACCAGCUCUUACACAUGCUUAUUCUGGAAUUAUAUCUCAUGGUCAUUAUAAUCCAUUGCCUGUGGAUCCAUUAAGAUUGGCCCCCCUUUAUAAAGGGUAUAAUUGGUAA